GAUCGAACACUAUUCCAGCCCCCACACUGCAAGUGUCCCGGCCAUCUUCACGCUUCUCAAAGAGAAAGUCCCACUUCGUUCUUGCAUUCAACGGUGUCUGUAUUAGCUGUUCACUUGAUGUCUCUUUCUCUGUAACCUUUCUGUAAUUAUGUUUUCGCAAUUCAAGGACCGCGUCGCACGUCGAGGCAAGGGCAGCGUCCAGCACGCCUCCCAACACAAUCGCUUAUCGAAGCCGAGGACGAACACAAACUCAAAACCGGCCAGUCCCGUUGUUAACAAUGAUAUCCCUAUACCCGAAUCGCCACGUUACGCGGACUUGAGUGCGCAGAGCCGGCAACAAAUCAGGGAUGCGAUCUCGCCCAUCAGCAAAGAGGCCGAAUCAGCGAUCCUAUCCGACCAAGAUGCGCCCAACACCAAUGCAGCGGCAGAAGGACGCGGACGCUGCUCAUCAAUGGUUUCGCGGUCAAAUUCACGUGCACAUUCAAGGUCAGGGUCCGUGUUGAGGUCCUUCGUAAGAAGUAGGCGGAGUUCUACCACCAACCUCAAGAACAUGCCUGAGUCAAGAGCGUCUUUGGCGUCGGCCACGCAGUCGGAUAUCGAGGCAGCUAUUCGGUUGUUGCAGGAAGUCAAGAAAAACGCGUCCCCGGAGGAGCUCGCCGCUUUGCGCGACGCUUUGGAACGUCCCACCGAAUCCUCUGUAGCGACCUUGGAGCAGGAGUUCGACAGGUCCAGUCCAGAGAUCAGCGGCGCACUCACUCGAAGAAAGUCACUCGUUCAGACGCCAGGGGUUGCGACUCGGAUGUCACCGGCUGAAGGCAAACGCAGGACCUGGAGCUCUUGGAGAGCACCCCCAAUGAGACCAGAAGACGCCGCUAAAUGGCAAACUCCGAGACAGGGACCGUCUCCUCUGAAUCGCCUGGUGGCGUUGGAUCUGGUGGACAACACUCAAGUGCAGACUCCCGGCGACCUGAACUACUCACCUCUAUUUGGAUACAAACCAGGGACACUGAUGGUCGUGAACGGUGACCUUUCGCCGGCGAUGAGCACGACCACCCUCGAUCGCAUGAGGAACGACUAUUUUCCCACGACCGAACCUGUUCCUAGCCCCUUGGCUACGAAGAACGAGAGAAGGCCGCGGAGUAUGUCGGCUACUGGAGCUCGCGACGUUAGGACCAUGGGUAUCCCAGAUCCGGCUGGCGAAGAGAAGAUCGCUAUCACCUACGUUAAGGCAGAAGUCAAGCCUAAGAGGCGACCGCAGAGCAUCGCCGUCACCACGAGGCGAUCAUCACAAAGCGCUGAUACUCUUGCGAGAGAUUAUCAGGCUUACAUCCCGUACAGCCCUUUCGAGAAUCGCAUGGUUGCUCACAACACUUGGCAAGAUCAAGAGCCAACGACCGAUGAGCUAUUCAUCGAAGACUCCCCGCCUCGAGAACGUUUGGACAACCUGACGGAGUUGUCUGCAACAAUUACUGACGUCAGUGAGCUGUCACCCCCUUCUACAGCUACGAGUACAAGAACCAUGGAGAUGGCUAAAAACUCGUCCCUUCGGCCCUCACCAAGGUCGUCGGACUCCGGCUACUCAUCCAUUGGCUCAUCUGGUGGCAGUCUCAGAGUAGUCAGUGAUGAGCAGCAGCAGCAGCAUCCUCGCGCGCUUCGAGUGACUGUUCCACCGUCUGACUCACCGUACGCCCGAUACAGCGCCAGCAGAAGGCAGACGAUGAGCUUUGAAUUGCCCGCUGAAGCCGAUCUCCCUACUCGUUUCGAGCAGUCUCUGAUGGACACUGUACCUAAGCACGCGCAUGGACGCACACUGUCACUAGAGAUUCCUCGUGGAGUUGCUGAACUCCCCUCCAUGGAUCUCGUGCUUGCACCAGAGACGCCCCGAUCCACAAUUUCGAUGACCUCUGAGCCAACUUUGCCAAGACAAACAAGGCGCCUGCAAAAGAAACGGCCAUCGCAGCCUCAAUUGCCGGUCGUCCAGUCUGCACUGCCAGGCCGCGAAGUCAUCCCCGAGGUCCCGGACGAUGUUAGAGUCACCUUUGAGCGAAGGCUGUCAGCUACACCUGGCAUGGAGUGUUUGACUCACACCUAUCCCAGUAAGGAUCAUAUAACUUCGCCUGAUUCAGUGCCUAGCUUCAGCCGGGUUCAAUCCGUAGCAUCUCCGGUCCAGCUCGAGCCUGACUGCACAAGUCCUCGUAGUCGAAGACGGAGUAUGUCUUUCUUCCGGAGGAAAUCGACUCCAGGAAAGAAGGACAGAGAUGGAGAGGAAGAAAUUCCCUCGCCCAAGGUGCUCGAUCUCGGCACCAUUGCCACAUCCCUUGGUGCUUCCCCUUAUGACCCUUCCAUGUUUGGCUCAUUUCAACCAAAGGAGGCGGUCGAGCACCCUACACAUCCUCACCAGCUUGGUCAAGUACGCGCGCAUUCACGAUCACGAUCAGCCAUGAGCAUGAGCUCAGACACAGCCGCAGAAUAUGCGCGCAUGCGUAGCAAGGAUCGUGCUCUUCCUGAGCCAGAAAUGCCUCAAAUGCCUCAGCACAAGCCGCGCCGGAAACCAAAGAUGGAGGUCGGCGAGGCGAAGCAGUUGAGAAGACGCACUCAGACCUUCUGCUUUGAUGAAGCUCCACCGAUGCCAGCUAUCGACCACACAAAGUACUCGUCGCCGCUCUCUGCUAGGCCCAGGUUGGAGAACGUGGACACUCCCAUGGCGAACCAGUCUCGCGUUCGCGCCAAUUCUCGUCCGCACUCGCCAUCGAGGCCCAAUUACACACGCCCGCCGUCAGCUCGUAAGAAUGUUGACUGGGAACAUAAACCCAAUUGGGAGCAGCAUGCCCUACAGUGGAGUGAACGUCGCAAGUCUAUUGGAGACAACCUACGACCACGACCGAAAGUAGAAGCCCAUGAAAAUGUCGCAACCGCAUCUCAUGCCCGUCCAUUGCCUUACACACCCCAGGAGUUGACGGCCUUCGGCCGUUACAGCGGUGGACUUGACUAUGAACACGAAGGUCACGGGCAGGUUGGCGGCUCAGCAGGGACACGGCAACUGCACAGCCUUGCUACGCCUCGGAGCAUGCUAUACAGACAGAGUUACGGCGUUGAUCUGUCUGAUGUUCCUAUCUUCGUCCAGAGGCAGCAAUAGGCAUCUUACGAACACGUAUAGAGACGAUUCCAUGUUCAUGACCUUCCAUUCGACCAUAUAUACACUUGUACAGUAGCAUUUUCUAGCAUGACCAGCCUACGAACACACGGGCGGCAACCACUUGAGUAUUUCAAUAAUAAAUACAAAUUCAGGGGUCUGUUCAAUAUUCUGUUGUGUGCACGUUCGUGUUGGUGUCGAGAAAUGCCUCGCGACACAUGUCAUUUGAGCCCGAUUGAUGCACGUGCAGCGGGCAUCCAUGG